CAGCUUCCCCCCGCGCCAGCUCCGCGGCCCGGCCCCGCGCUCGCUCCCGCCGCCGCUCUCCGCCGCCGCCUUUUCUUCUCGGCUCCGCCGCGGGGCCUCCCUUACUCUCUCUAUCCGUCCGCUCCAAGCCGUCCUCGGCCGGCGGUCGCCAGGCCAAGCGGGAAGGGGCUCCCGGCGGCGGGCCCGGCGGCCAGGAUGUCAGGAGGGGACUCGGCGGCGGCGGCGGCCACGGCCUCCCCGCAGCCGCUGCCGUUCUCCCUGCCGAAGCCCCCUCCCCUCAUGCAGCUGACGCCGGGGGACGCCGUCCGUCCCGUCGCCUCGGCCGCCGACCAAUCACCGAAGGGCACCCGGCUGGCGGGCCGCCCCGAUUGGCCGGCCGGCAAGCCAGUCAGCCUGCUGGCCCCGCUGCUCCCGCCCCGCGGGGAGCCCGAGCCGCUGAUGCCCUUCGGCCCCUCGUCGCGGCAGCCACUCAGAGGGCGCCUUCUUGGCAGGUGCGGCGGGGGCAGCCUGCUCAGCCCCUCCAUGCGGCCCGGCGCCGUGGACCGCAGCUCUCUCAUGAUGGGACACCCAGGGAUGCCGCAUUACCCACCCAUGGGAAUGCACCCUAUGGGCCAGAGGCCACCAAAUAUGCCCCCGGUUCCACAUGGCAUGAUGCCUCAGAUGAUGCCCCCCAUGGGAGGACCACCAAUGGGGCAGAUGCCUGGAAUGAUGCAGUCAGUAAUGCCUGGAAUGAUGAUGUCUCACAUGUCCCAAGCUGCAAUGCAGCCUACGGUUCCGCCAGGGGUGAACAGCAUGGAUGCACAAGUAGGUGUAACACCUCCUGGAACUCAGACAACACAUCCCGUGGUUUGUGCAGCUCAGCAAACAGCCACAACCAACAGUUCAGGCACUGAGGAGCACUCUAAACAGAAAUCAACAUGGACAGAGCACAAAUCACCUGAUGGAAGAACCUAUUACUACAACACUGAAACGAAGCAGUCCACGUGGGAAAAGCCAGACGACCUCAAAACACCUGCUGAGCAAUUGUUGUCUAAGUGUCCCUGGAAGGAGUACAAAUCUGAUUCUGGAAAGCCAUACUACUACAAUUCCCAGACAAAGGAAUCGCGCUGGGCAAAGCCCAAAGAACUCGAGGACCUCGAAGCAAUGAUCAAGGCUGAAGAAAACAGCACCAAGACUGAAGACUCUGCUUCAACAACAACCGCUACAGCAGAUGCAGCAAACGCAGCCGCCGCAGCCACUGCCGAGGCCGCCACAGCUGGUGCUGCCAGCACUGCAGCUGCAGCCUCUGAAGCAGAAACCGCUGCCGCCUCUGCUGCGGUAGAAAAUGAGAGCAGUGCUGCAGCCACAGCUGAGGAUCAGGGGCAGCAAGCAACUUCAGCACCUGCUGCGCAGGAACAGAGCGCGGAGAGCGCCGCUAGCGCGGCGGAUGACUCCAAGCAGGAGGGUUCGGCGGAUGCUUCUUCGAAGAAGGAGGCCGAUGAUGCACAACCAGUUAAAAAAACCUACACUUGGAAUACAAAAGAAGAAGCGAAACAGGCAUUUAAAGAACUCCUAAAAGAAAAGCGAGUACCAUCCAAUGCUUCCUGGGAGCAAGCCAUGAAAAUGAUCAUUAAUGAUCCUAGAUACAGUGCUUUGGCAAAGUUGAGUGAAAAAAAGCAAGCCUUUAAUGCUUACAAAGUUCAAACAGAAAAAGAAGAAAAAGAAGAAGCGAGAUCCAAAUACAAAGAAGCUAAAGAGUCUUUCCAGCGUUUUCUUGAAAACCAUGAAAAGAUGACAUCCACAACAAGAUACAAAAAAGCUGAGCAGAUGUUUGGGGAGAUGGAAGUCUGGAAUGCAAUAUCUGAGCGUGAUCGUCUCGAAAUUUAUGAAGACGUCUUGUUUUUUCUCUCUAAGAAAGAGAAGGAACAAGCCAAGCAGCUACGAAAGAGGAACUGGGAAGCUCUGAAGAACAUACUGGAUAACAUGGCUAACGUCACUUACUGCACCACGUGGUCGGAGGCUCAGCAGUAUCUGAUGGACAACCCGACGUUUGCAGAAGAUGAGGAGCUUCAGAAUAUGGAUAAGGAGGAUGCGCUGAUCUGCUUUGAGGAACACAUCAGGGCACUGGAAAAAGAGGAGGAAGAGGAAAAACAGAAAAGUUUGCUUAGAGAAAGACGGCGGCAGCGGAAGAACAGAGAAUCUUUUCAGAUCUUUUUGGAUGAGCUGCACGAGCAUGGACAGUUACAUUCAAUGUCCUCUUGGAUGGAGUUGUACCCAACCAUAAGCUCUGACAUCAGAUUCACCAAUAUGCUUGGUCAACCUGUUUCUUCAUCAGGAUCAACAGCACUUGAUCUCUUCAAGUUCUAUGUUGAAGACUUAAAAGCACGUUACCAUGAUGAAAAGAAGAUCAUAAAAGACAUCUUAAAGGAUAAGGGAUUUGUGGUUGAAGUGAAUACUUCUUUUGAAGACUUUGUUACAGUCAUCAGUUCAACUAAGAGAGCUACAACAUUGGAUGCAGGAAAUAUCAAGCUGGCUUUCAAUAGUCUGCUGGAAAAGGCAGAAGCCCGGGAAAGGGAAAGGGAAAAAGAAGAAGCUCGCAAAAUGAAGCGGAAAGAGUCUGCCUUCAAGAGUAUGCUGAAACAAGCUACUCCUCCCAUUGAGUUGGAUGCUGUCUGGGAAGAUAUCAGAGAUAGAUUUGUGAAGGAACCAGCGUUUGAAGAUAUCACUCUAGAGUCCGAAAGAAAAAGAAUAUUCAAAGACUUCAUGCAUGUACUAGAGCACGAGUGUCAGCAUCAUCAUUCAAAGAACAAGAAGCAUUCUAAAAAAUCCAAAAAGCAUCACAGGAAGCGCUCUCGCUCUCGCUCGGGCUCGGAGUCUGAGGAUGAUGACAGCCAUUCCAAGAAGAAAAGGCAGCGUUCAGAAUCUAGAUCUGCUUCCGAGCGUUCUUCCAGCGCAGAAUCUGGUAUGAGACUUUUCAAAAGUUUCUUUGCUUUAAAAUUACUGAUACUGGUUUAUUGCUGGGUGAUUAUAAUUGUAUUGAUUUCCGCCCCCUGCCUUCGUUUGUUUGCAGAGAGAAGUUAUAAGAAGUCAAAAAAACACAAGAAAAAGAGCAAGAAAAGAAGACAUAAGUCUGAUUCACCAGAAUCUGAUAUUGAACGAGAAAAAGACAAAAAAGAAAGAGAGAGAGAAAGUGAAAAGGAUAGAGCUAGACAAAGAUCUGAAUCAAAACAUAAAUCUCCGACUAAAAAACGACCUGGAAAAGAUUCUGGCAACUGGGACACGUCGGGCAGCGAGCUGAGCGAGGGCGAGCUGGAAAAGCAGAGGCGGACGCUUUUGGAACAACUGGAUGAAGAUCAAUGAGAACGUUAUUUAUACCAAAUAUGUUUACAUUGUGGCAUAAUAAAAGAAACCGAUGUCUCAUUCAGGACGUGGGUUCCGAUAUCCUGAGUUCCAUUGUUGAAAUCACGGCGGGUUUUAAUUUUACCACAUCGAUGCAUCCGAGUACUCUUACCUGCGCCAAACCUAGGAAAGCGAACGAGAUCCCGAGUUCGAGCUGAAUGUCGCCGGGCAGCACGGGCGCCCUGCUCCCCCGGAGGGAGCCCCGGAAGGGAACGGCGCGAUGGAAGACGGCUCGGGGCUCGUGGAGCUGCAGGCUGAGCAGAGCAGAGCGCUGGCACCUUUCUAGCAAAGCAGCGACGCGGUGCCCUCCUUCCUAGAAAGGCAGUAACUGUUCUUCCCGGCCGCGCGGGCAGGUAGAGCUUCAUUUUUUUUUAGAAAGAUGCUUAAUAUAGUUUCUUGUGGCUUAAUUUGUUUUACGAAUUUGUUAUUAUUUCUCAAAGGGGGAAGGCAAUGGGGUUAAUGAAUCCGUUUCUCGAUCUGUACUGCAAAGAACUGUCAGCUAUUGGAAUGGCUCCUUUGGGAGCCGCGUUGGUAGCCAAAGCCGUUCCGAGCGCUCGUGUGAAGCAGAAGGCUGCUGAGAGCUUCGUGUCUCCCCAUCACCUCCAGGGGAGCUUUUCUGGUGAAUGAAACGUGGACGUGGCUGCGCUCAGCCCUCCCUUGUGGCAGCAGCAGAGGGUGCUGCCGCUCACAGCCGCCUUCCGCGUUCGCAUCGAGCCGGUACGGAACAGCUACGGCUGCGAUCUCUGUGCUUACCUUCACACGAUCAAAACUAAAAAUCAAACUGUAAAUAAUUUUUGAGAUGUUGCCUUACGAACCUGCUGAAGAAUGUACCACCGUGUUUGCAACAGCAGCUGCAGUAUCUGUGUAGGACGUCAGCGUUUGCCAAGCCCUCCUGGGGGAGCAGCUCCGGCUCCGCCCGCGCCGUGCCGCUGUGGUACUCCUUCUGCAACCUCGGAUUGGAAUAUUUUUGUACAUUUUUAUCAAUUAUUAAACCUUGUCUUCUAGUGUG